GUGAGUUGCCCCAGUUGGACCAACAAGACAAGACAAUAAGUGCAUGUCCGGUUUGAUAUAAUGGAUAAGAAUGAGGCUGCAAGAACAAAAAAAGAAAAAUCCCAAUGUACUGAAGCACUCCCACAAAUUUUAGCAGUAUGCGUGAAAAACAUGCUGCUGCUGGGAUUCGGCAUGAGUCUUGGAUUCCCCACUAUACUCAUCCCAGGAGUAUCAGGAGGUGACAAAAAUGAAGACAUAAUUAUGGAUCCAGAAGCCAUAUCAUGGAUCAGUUCGAUCAACUUGAUAUGUGUCCCUCUCGGAUGUACUGCUUCAGGGUUCAUCACACACUCCAUUGGACGAAGGAGGUCAAUGCAAAUUGUCAAUUUUCCCUUUUUGGCUGCCUGGCUGUUAUUUUACUUUUCCAAAGAAGUGUGGCAGAUUUUCCUGGCAUCUUGCAUUACUGGUUUGAGCGGUGGCCUUCUAGAAGCUCCGGUUUUAACCUAUGUAGCAGAAAUAACUCAACCCCACUUGAGAGGAAUUCUCUCAUCCACCAGUACAAUGGCAGUCGUAUUGGGAAUCCUCAGUCAAUUCCUGCUCGGCACUUUUUACACCUGGAGGACAGUAGGCAUGAUAAACUGCUUCGUACCGAUUUCAUCCUUCAUUCUGCUAACAUUUGUACCAGAAACCCCAGUAUGGCUGAUCACCAAAAACCGACUAGAGGAGGCCAAGAAGAGCAUAGCAUGGCUGCGAGGUUGGACGACAACAGACAGCAUUGAAGACGAAUACCAGGAAUUAUACAAGCAAAUUAAGAUGACCGAGAACGAUGACAAUGUACAGAGCUCCCUCAAAAAAAAAUUAGAAUCACUCAAACAGUUUGGGAAUCGGUCCUUUCUAUGGCCUUACUUCUUGGUUACCACUGCUUUUUUCCUCAGCCAUUUUAACGGUAACACACCCAUGCAAGUGUAUGCUAUCAGACUUUUCAAGGUUUUACAUGCCCCCAUCAGUGAGUACUACUCAACAGUUCUAAUGGGUGCUGUUCAACUUAUUGGCUGUAUCAUGUGCGUCAGUCUGAUUAAUCUCUUGGGAAAAAGAGUUAUAAACUUGAUAUCUUUGUCUGGUUCUGGAGUAUGUUUCUUAAUUGUUGGUACCUACGCUUACAUGCAUGAAAUAGUGAACCUAGAUUUGAACGACAAUGACGGUGAAGUUUAUCAUUGGGUACCAAUAACUUUCUUGGUGAUUUCGUCUUUCCUGAGCUAUUUUGGCCUCAAAGUCUUGCCUUGGAUCCUUAUUGGAGAAGUGUUUUACACAGAAAUAAGGGCAACUGCUUCGGGGCUGUCAGCUGGUAUAGGCUAUAUAUUCGGUUUCAUUGCUAAUAAAAUAUUCUUGAGUUUAAUAGACCAGUUUAGUCUUCCAGGAGUUUUCUGGAUUUAUGGUACUGUAGGUUUAGUAGGAACAGUGAUUAUGUAUUUCAUUUUACCAGAAACUGAAGGAAAGACACUUUUUGAGAUAACAGAACACUUUGCUGGCAGAAACAGAUUGAAGAAUAGCGUGAGAAGGAUGAAACAAGUGUCUGGGCAGAGUAAUGUCGCCUUUGAACCUGACAAUAAGAAUUAUUAUAAUAUAGAGAGUCGUUUGUAAUAUUAUAGCAUAAUAAUCACAAUGUGAU